CGAGGUCGAUACGGUCGACGUAAAUUUGUAGCAUCCCCUCACCCAUUUUGCUUCUCCUAAAACCCUACAACCCCCCAUAAAACCCUUACUUUCAAUCUAUCUCCACAGAAAAAUCCACCAUGAAUCAAUUCCUUACACAAAAACGUUCAGCAACAACAAAAUCCAAACUUCUCUUCAAUUUCUCCUUCAAUCGUUACAUGGGCAGUGGUGGACCAAAAACAUUCCCAGGCGGUUUAAACAAAUGGCAAUGGAAACGUAUGCAUGAAAAGAAAGCCAAAGAGAAGGAGAAAACUGGAGCUUUAGCUGAUAGGUUUAUGAAAGAAGGGGCUGAAGAUCUUUGGAAUGAAAAUGAUGGUCCUUUAAAAUCAUCUCAAAAUGGCAAUCCUUUAGAAUCAUCACAAAAUGAUGGUCCUCCUCCUCCCUCUCAAGGUAAACCUCAAUCUAGAAUGGAUUUGAGAAAUUUAGUGGGUAAACAUAAUUUAGGUACAAAAGUAGAGAUUGAUCAUCAAUUAUUAGGUCAAAGACGAUUUUAUUCAGUUGGGCGAGUGUUUAGAAAGAAUUAUAAAUUUAGGAGAAAUGAAAGUUCAUCUAGUGAUGAUGAUGAUGAAGAUGAAGAAUGUGGUAGUAGUAGUAGUUACAGUAAGAAUAUGAUGAGUGGAGCUACUUUGGGUGCACAUGAUAAGAAGAAAAUUAGACUAGUGCCUAAGUGGAGUGGAGAAGAUGAUGAAAUUGAUUUGUCACAGAGAGUUCGUUUAAUUCGAGAUGAGCUAAGGAUGAGGAAAAGCGUACCUGUAGAAGAGGAGAGGAGAUUGAAUGACGAGGGUUCGAUUCUUAGUGACAAAAGGUUUGAGGAGUUGGGCAUUUCCCCAUUGACAAUCAAGGCCCUUACGUUAGCUGGCUAUUCAAAAAUGACCAAAGUGCAGGAGGCAAUUCUUUCUGUUAGUCUUGAUGGCAAGGACGCUUUGGUUAAGGCUAAAACAGGUUCAGGCAAAACUGCAGCUUUUUUGCUUCCUGCGAUUGAAACAGUCCUGAAGUCUUCAGCUAGUGGAAGAAAUAAACGAAUUCCACCUUUAGUUGUUCUUAUUCUUUGCCCAACAAGAGAGUUGGCAAGUCAAACAACUGCAGAAGCUAAUGUACUAUUAAAGUACCAUGAUGGAAUCGGUGUCCAAACACUAACUGGGGGUAGACGGUUCGAGGAUGAUCAGAAACUCCUAGAAUCUGAUCCGUGCCAGAUUAUAGUGGCGACCCCUGGUAGGUUGCUGGACCAUAUUGAGAACAAAUCUGGCUUCUCUGUGCGUUUGAUGGGCUUAAAAAUGCUUAUAAUCGAUGAAGCUGAUCGCUUGUUAGACUUGGGAUUUCGGAAGGAUAUAGAAAAGCUAGUUGAUUGUAUUCCACGUCAAAGGCAAACACUGUUUUUUUCUGCUGCAAUUCCUAAGGAGGUUCGACGUGUGUCACAGCUUGUUUUAGAUCGAGAACAUGUUUUUGUUGAUACAGUGGGUCAAGGUGCAUUAGAAGUUCAUGACAAGAUAAAACAGUCAUGUCUUGUUGCACCACAUGAGCUGCAUUUUCAAAUAGUUUAUCAGCUUUUGAAGGAUCAUGUCUCACAAGUGGCUGAUUACAAGGUAGUUGUUUUCUGUACAACUGCAAUGGUGUCAUCUCUUUUGUUCCAAUUGCUCCGAGGAAUGAAAUUGAACGCCAUGGAAAUGCAUUCUAGAAAGCCUCAAGCUGUUCGUGACCGGGUUUCUGAGGAAUUUCAGGAAGCCAAGAGGUCUAUCCUUGUUACUUCAGAUGCAUCAGCUCGUGUAACAAAUUAUCCCGAUGUAACUUUGGUGAUUCAGGUAGGAGUACCUCCAGACAGAGAGCAAUACAUACAUCGUCGUGGAAGGAUGGGGCGUGAAGGCAAAGGAGGAGAAGGCAUACUGAUACUUGCACCAUGGGAAGAAUACUUUUUGGAUGAAAUUAAAGAUCUCACUAUCGAGAAAUGUCCCCCACCUCAAUUAAAUUCGGAUAUUAAAGCCAGGGUGGAGAAUGCAAUGGGGAAGAUUGAUAGCAGUGUGAAGGAGGCAGCAUAUCAUGCUUGGUUAGGUUACUAUAAUUCUAUUAGGGAUAUUGGGAGAGAUAAAACAACGUUAGUAGAACUUGCCGACCGCUUUUGUGGGUCAAUAUGCUUGCAAAAACCUCCUUCAAUUUUCAGGAAAACCGCUUUCAACAUGGGUUUAAAGGAUAUCCCUGGCAUCAAGAUAAGAAAGUAGGAGUCCUCACUCCCGGGAAAAAAAAACGAACAAAAAAACAAGAAAAUAGGUAUUCCGAGGAACUGAAAGUUAACCUAAAAGUAUAUAUUCAGUCUGAUUUCCAGCUUGAAAAAUAAUAAUUGGCCCUGUUCUGUUGCUUUUGCAAUUUGUAAACACUUGAUUGUAUUUACUUCUGGAUAUGGCGAUGCACAUUUUACAAGUGUGUCCAUAAUCCAUUUUUUGUUUUCUCAGCAGUUUCUUCGUUUUACUGACUAUUUGAAGUUUUAAUACGGAGAGCUUGUUCACUGACCAGACUGAAAAUUUUCUACCCCUGCUUGGUAUUAGAGCAGCAGCAUGAAGAAAAUCUGUCCCUGAAUGUUAUAUGUACUAAGUGUUGGCGUUGGCAGGAUUGAAUCAAUCAUGUGAAUAGUGUCAUGUAUCAAGGGAAAUAGCAAAAAUUAGUUGAGGUUCACAUUGUAUGACUUGGUCAGAUGCUUUUAUUAGUUUCAAAACAAUCCGAAAUA